UUUAAAGAAAGCAAUGGAGACUUAUCCUGAAAAAGAUGAUUCCUACCCAUACAGAUUAAUCCAGGUAGAUCAUGAGAUUAAUAAGAAAGUAUCUGCGAUUUCAGCAUUGGAUAAUAUUGUGUGUCUCGGAACUGAGGACGGAUACCUUUACUGUUUUGAUGUAAAGGAGACUGAUACAGGUUAUGGAACCUCUUUCGACUUAAAAGAGAUUUGAGGUAGUGUAAAGAGAGGGAGUGAUAAGAUUCUUAAAAUCCAAAUAAUUCCUGCACGAUAUAUGAUAACUCUUCUGAUUGAAAAGAACUUCUACAUGGUAUCUCUUGAGGAUCUUUCCACUGUGCAGAAUAUUAAGACCAAGGAGAUAAAAUCAAAUGUCUAUAUGUAUGCUAUACAGAAGACUAAUGACUUGCUCAGGUCAAUAGAUCCAGUAAACAUCAGACUGUCAAUAGCAACCAAUAAAUAUAUUCAUUUCUGGGCACUAAAUAGAGAAUUCAGGUUUGAAGAGGAAAAAGAUCCAGUGACUGCAGAAGCUAGAAAAUUCCAUUUCGGAGACAAAGCUUAUGCACUUGAGUGGAUCGAGAACAAGAUGGUCAUCGGGACCAAAACUUCUUAUUUUGUAGUUGAUUCCGAAAGUGGAGUAACCACGGAUAUUAAGGUCAAUUGUCCUACAAAAGAGCCUUCUGUGGGUGUAGUAAAUGACUUCAAGUUCGUCCUUAUUGGUAAAGGAAAUAAAAUAUGCAGUUAUAAUGACAACACUGGGAAGAUUUCAUGGUUCUGUGAUGAUAUGGCAGGACAGAAAUUUAUCAUCCAGCCACAUAAUCUAAACCUCUUCUUAUGCUCAGACAGAGAGAUUAGGGUUUAUAAUCCUGAGAAUAAUUUGACUGUGCAAGAGUUUGGAGAGAUUAAUGACCCUAAUGCUCAAUAUACUGCUCUUGGGUAUAAGAAACAUGAAGUUAUUGUUGCAUAUAACCCGAAUCCAGGCAACAGGAAACAAUCUAAGACAAUUAUCAAGAUUUUCAAGGAAGCUGCUAUCGAAGAACAGAUUAUGAGAUUCUUGAAACAAGGCGAGGAUACUGAAGCAGAAAGAAUCUUCUACAUUGGAUAUAAAGGAAAGCCAAAUCUUGAUCAAUUGAAAAAUGAAUUCGAGCUCAACAGAGGAUGGAUCCAGUUUUUCCACAGACUUGAGUUUGAGAGUGCUACAUAUAGCCUGAUUAAUGGAAAAAUUGACCCAAGAGAGCUUAUGAUUGUCUUCGGAUAUGACCAGCAUUGUAGAGCUCUCGCAGAUAUAAUCUCAAAGCAGCCAAAAGACUCUGCUGAGAACUACAUUGAAGAUUACAUUAAGAAAAUUAACAGUAGCUUAGAUACCAAGUACACUCUGAACAAAGCAAAGGAGAGCCUACUAAACGUCCUAAACAAUGUGUACUGGGCUCUUGGGAAAGAAACUGUUGAUAGACGUAUCAUGUUCAGUGGCUGCCCUUAUUCAGAGGUCAGCAACCUUAUCAAACCUGAGUACAAAGAAGUCAGGAUUAGUGAUAUUCUUCCUAUUUUGAAAACAGUUAUCAUCUUUGUACUGUCUGAUAUUGGAUUCAAUAUGGAAUUGGAGAAAGCGUUUACAAAGAGAGACGCAUUCUUUGAAGACGAAGUCAAACUUUACCUCACCAGAAUGAAACAGAAAGAACCUCUUGCUAUAUAUUUUGAAGGGACUGGAGAUAUUACUAAUGCAUUGAAGACUUGGCAAGAGAUUGGAGAUGAUAGAGCAAUUAUCAAGACAAUCUCAAUUAUUAAAAAUACUAAUCUUUCCAGAGAUAAUCUCUUUAGAUAUUGUAGGUGGAUCAUAAGGGAGAAACCAGACCAAGUUAUCCAAAUCAUGCUUCAAUAUGAGAAAACUUCAUUAUCUCCUGAAUUAGUGAUAGAUUUUCUCAGAGAUUGUGAUUCUGAGGAAAGCCUUGUUCUAAAGUACCUCAGAUCCUUUAUUUCAGAGAGAAAGGAUACUUCUCAGAGUUUGCACAAUACUCUUGCAUUUGAGUAUAUAAGACAGAUUUAUGAACUGAAGAACCCAUCAAGAGGUUAUGAGGAGAAAUGUAGCGACGAGGAAUCCUUGGCCUUGAGCAGAGAGAACUUUAGGACAUUUCUGAAUGAAUCCGAGCACUAUAAUGCCCAAAUAGUACUCAACAAAAUCAAGACCUCAUGGAUGAUGGAGGAGAUUAUCCUGCUUCUUGUCAAAGCAGGGAAGCACAGUGAGGCCCUAGAGACUUACCUUGAUAAAGACAUGGACAAAGAAGCUGAAGAGUUCUGUGAAGCUAUGGAUGAGAAGCUAAACCUCAUCACUACAUUAUUCGAGAUCUACAUUAAGAGAUUUAUUUACUGGGACGAGAAACUGGGUAUUAUUAAAACCCAAGAACUUAGCUCCAUAGAAUAUGGAAAGGCAAAUGCUCAUAAGCAGAGAUAUGAAGCUUCAGUUAUGAGCAUUCUGCAGAAAUAUGCCUGCAACUCCUCUCUUGAUGCCAUUAGAGUAAUUCAGGCUUUCCCUGACAACUGGGAUCUGACUAGAGGAAAUAAUUAUGAUGUUAUGAAGUACCUUAAAACUGUUUUAGACUACAAACUGACCAUGCAGGAGAACAAUGAGAUUGGUGAAGGUCUUUCCAAGGUUGAGUACAUCAACUUAGAUUACAAGGUAGCACAAAAGAAGAGAGCUUACGUAAAAAUCACCAGUGAUUAUAUCUGACCAUUGUGUAAGAGUAGGCUGGAUAUUGACAAGACAUUCGUAUACCCAAAUGGCACUCUAGUCCACCAGCAUUGUGGGAUAAACCAAGAGAAGGACAAGAGUGACCUGAAUAUCCCAUUCCUCUAAUUCUGAAGACAUAUUAGAACUUUGUUGCAACAUGGACUUG